AUGCCUGCUGUCGCAGAUUCCAGAUCAUUGCGAGUAGGACGCUCGUCCAGGACUCUCGAUAAUAGCCCUCACAGCCCCAAGAAUAUGCUACGAACGCGUUAUGCUUUCAACCUCUUGCUGAAAUUACUUACAGCAGCGCCGACUCUUUUCGACCCAAAGGCUUGGGAAUCCCUCUCUCAUCUACAUCUGCACAACAAGGAGACUGAAGCUGCCCUCCCAGACCCAGUCACAAAAUCGAUCUAUACAUUUGACUCACUUGAACAAUAUGCGUCUAUCUACCGAGCGGGUGCUGAGUUCGAAGUAAACCUCGAAAAGACCACCAUCGACGACUUCAACGCCGCGCGCAAUGUGUUCCGUACAUGGGUUUAUCGUCGUCUCUCCAACACGGACGGAAAGCAGCACUGGCUCUUUGCCGUUGAGGAUAAAAAUCUCCCUGCCGCAUUUCCCAAAGAAGGGGAGCAGAAUGGCUGUCUACUUGCUCUAUUCAGUGAUCCAGCCGGCCUGAAGCAAGUAUCUCGCGAGUGGCCUGCCUAUCGAAUCGACAAUGCCCGAUCGCCCUUGAAAGAGUUCAUCUUCUUUAGAGUCUCUUUUCCCUCGAAUGUUGCCUCCCAGUCAAUCCUCACGCCGGUGGUUGACGAAAGCAACUUUCAUAUCCAGGGUGCAUCGUUGCUCACUCAUGCAAACAACAUGUUUUCCAUGCUCACGCUUGAACAUGCUGAUCCCACGAGCAAAGCAGAGUUGGAGGCGCUGGAGAAACUGACCAACCUGGAGGAAGGCCCGGCAAAGGAUGCCUUUGACUGGAUUCGUACUUUCAAAGAUCCGGCUACAUACGUCAACUUAUUUGAGAAGCUCCCGCAUAUGCGGACAGCCAUCGACAAUCCUGAGAUCCUACCUGCAAACCUCAGAAAGAUGGUAGCCAAGGCAAAUCCGCAGCAGCUUGCCACAUACAAAGAAAUGUUGCAGCGACUGCCUUGUGGCGUUGGAAUCAUACCCGGCGGACCUGGAGGAGGCAAAACCUUUUUCAACAUGCUGCUGACUGCCAUGGCUCAGUAUCAAGAGCUCAAAACGGAGGAUGGUACUCGUCGUGUCAAAAUUCUUUAUCUCAUAGACAUCAACAGCCCAGUGGAUGACGCCACCAACAAGUGCGUCAAGAUGUCAGAGAACUUCGGCGACGGAAAACAGAUUGUUCGCAUGUUUGGAUGGAGUCGCGAAAUGAAACAGGGGCUCAAGGUGCUUCGAAAGAAAGAGAAAACCAAGUGUAUUCAAACGCUUCCUCUUGAGGAAGAAAAGUCAGAGGCCUCUCAGUCCAGCCAAUUACCCUCCAACGCCCUGAUUGCCGACCCUACGACUGCUUUUGUUGCUAUGGCUGCGAAGGUCGCUGACAACAAUGCCGGCGAUCGUUUCAAGUCGGAAUGUCUUGCGCCUACUCUCGAUCAGCUGGCUUUUAGGCGCUUUGAAGCCCAGAAAGAACAAUACUCCGAGCUUGAAGCGGUGCUCGAACAAUACCUACACAAUAACAUCGAGCCAAGUACCAUGCGCAUACUGAGGACAGCCACCGAAAAGCUGUACGGCGAUACUCUCGAGGAGGUAGACUUUCUAGCCGCUACACCCAUUGCAGCAGUCUCGCUGGCAGAUGGACGUUUCAAGCCUGACAUUUUCCGGCAAACCGGCUGCUAUGUGGGCUCGGAUAAAAACCCAUGGGAGGUACAACUGAAGAUGUCAGUCAUGGAAAGAGCACAUUAUGCCGGUGCAACCAACCAUGAACUGCUAAUGAACCAUCGAGCCUUCGCUACUCUCCAUCAAAUGCCUUCAAACCUCUUUUAUGACGCCAAGAUGGUCACUGGCCACAACGCCGACACCAUUAUGCCUUCCCCGACUAAGUUUAUUUGCAAGUGGAUGGAAGCAAACCUGACAAGUGGAUCUCAAGUUACCAUUCCAAGAGUUCUAGCUCAUGUUCGUAACGCCAAUGCCAGCACCAGGGUUGAUAGUUCAUUUUGGAAUGAAACCCAUCAUGCGUGGACAAUGCAACAAGCCAAGAAGCUGUUAAGCAACCCGAAUUUUGUCAGCGUCGACGGGCAAUCACGACCGGGAACAAUACUUAUCAUUGCGCCUUAUAGGCAAGCUGUCACUCAAUACAAGAGAGCAGCAGGAGACCUGUGCCGCGAGCUGUCCGAAGCUCAGGGAGUACCGACUAAGACAAUGUUCUCUCGUCUCGAGGUAAGAAGUGUGGAUACAGUCCAAGGGCAUGAGGCGGACUUUGUCUUCUUCGAUCUUGUUCGCGAGAAACCAACCGACUUUCUUGACGAUGACAAGCGUCUGGCUGUUGCCACAACCCGAGCUCGCCAAGGCGAGGUAUAUAUCAUGCACCCAAUGAUGGCGAAGAGGCUCUGCAAGACUGAGAAUCUAUAUGCCAUUUAUAGUGGUUGCCUUCCAAGAUGUGAGAACGGCCUAGUGUACAACGCCCAUGGCUGUCAGGGGCGAUAUGGGCAGAUUGCGUAUCAACUGCUUGAGCGCGAGCCGAAAUACAGGAAUCGCAGAUACUAA